AUGGAGACAAAACCAGACGUUCAGACAUACGACACACUAUUAGGUUUGUUAAACAAUUAUUACGAGCCAGUGAAAUCGUACUUUGCAUCAAGAUAUGCAUUCUACAACGCAAAGCAGAGACCAGACGAAACUGUAGCUGAAUGGGGAGCAAGAGUAAAGAACCUAGCAUCAAAAUGUAAUUUUUCAACGGAAUUACAAAUUGUAAUCCGUGACAUUUUUGUUGUUGGUAUGAACGCGGGACCAAUUCAAGAUCGAUUACUAGAGGAAGAUGCCUCAAAAAUAAGCAUCACAUAUUCGCAACUUAUGGAAAUUUCUGCUGCAAAAGAAUCUACAAUCAACAAUAAAACCGGAUGGAUAAAGGAAGAAGCUGACUUCAAAUAUCAAAAACAAAGUCAGCAAGCAAAAUCAGCCAAGCAGUCAAUCACGGAAAAAUCAAAAUGUGGAACAUGCGGUCGAUCAAACCACACACAAAAAGAAUGCCGAUACAAGGACUACAGUUGUAAUAUUUGCAAUAUCAAAGGUCAUUUGGCUCCUAUGUGUAAAAAAAAAAAAGGAAUACCAAUUUAUGCGGCAAAUCGCUUACAACGUUGGGCAUACGUUCUUUCUUCAUUCGAUUUUGAAAUUAAGUAUAUUAAAUCAGAAGGAAAUACUGCUGACUUUUUAUCACGCAUUAAAACAAACCAAUGCAACAAUAAUAUUAAUGAAUAUGAUGACGCUCACAUCAAUUUUAUUCACGAACAGUCACCAUUUCCGCUAGAUUGGCACAAAAUUAAAAUUGAAACGAAAAGAGAUCCAAUUACCUCUAGAGUAUUACACGCUACAAAAACAGGUUCAUGGAGUAAUGACUUUUCAAUAAAUUCCGAAUUAAACUCGUAUAAUACACGCAAAAUAGAAAUUACUGCUGAACAAGAUUGUUUAUUUUGGGGCUAUAGAGUAAUCAUACCAACCAAAUUCCGUAAGUCAAUUCUAACUGAACUGCAUUCUUGUCAUAUUGGCAUGUCGAGUAUAAAAAGCAUUGCGCGUUCGUAUUUCUGGUGGCCUAGUAUAGAUAAAGAAAUUAAGGAUAUGGCCCGAAACUGCAAUGAAUGCAUAAAUGCGAGACCUAAUCCUCCUAAGUCAGUACUAACUCCGUGGAAAUGGCCACAAAGACAAUGGACGAGAGUGCAUUGCGAUUUCUUAGGUCCGUACAAAAACAAAACAUUCCUAAUUAUUGUCGAUGCAACCACAAAGUGGCUAGAAGUUUUUCAAGUAAAUUCGAUGACAGCACAAACGGUCAUAACAAAACUGUCUGAGUUAAUUGCACGUUUUGGCAUUCCCAGAACAAUAACAACUGACAAUACAAAAUGUUUUAAUGGCGAUGAUUCCAGUCAUAUUGCAAGACACUAG